CCGGCUUGGGAAAGCAAAUUUUGCGACGCAAACUAAUUUCAACAGAUUUUCGUGGAAUUCAGACGAAUAUUGAGAUAAAAAGCUGUAAAAGUCGUAGUUAAGGUCUAGAAGAUCAUCGUUUUACCCAAGAUUUGUGUCGAAAAUUCAUAGAAAAGUUGUAGAAGACAAUGGCAGCCUCCGUAGACGGUGUGUUCGUACAAUCGCUCGCCGACAAAAUCAAAACAUCCAAAAUUUUGGUUGUCGGUGCUGGCGGCAUUGGCUGUGAGAUCUUGAAAAACUUGGUGAUGUCCGGAUUUAAAGACAUUGAAAUCAUUGACUUGGAUACCAUCGACGUAAGUAACUUGAAUCGCCAAUUUUUGUUCCACAAAGAGCACGUUGGCAAGUCCAAGGCUCAAGUAGCGCGCGAAAGUGCUUUGGCGUUCAAUCCUAAUGUCGAAAUUAAAGCUUAUCAUGACAGUAUUACCACGCCCAACUACGGUGUAAGUUUCUUCCAACGAUUCAAAGUGGUGCUGAAUGCUUUGGACAAUCGCGUUGCUCGAAAUCACGUCAAUCGCAUGUGUUUGACGGCAGAUGUGCCCUUAAUUGAAAGCGGAACUGCCGGAUACAACGGGCAAGUAGAGCUCAUUAAACGUGGAUUGACUCAAUGUUAUGAAUGUACACCCAAAUCUGCUCAGAAAACGUAUCCGGGAUGCACAAUUCGUAAUACGCCAUCGGAACCGGUUCAUUGUAUCGUUUGGGCGAAGCAUUUGUUCAAUCAAUUAUUUGGCGAGGAAAACGCCGACGAAGAUGUCUCUCCAGACACCGCAGAUCCCGAGUUAGGAGGAGAAGCUGGCAACGAAGCUUUGUCCACGGAAGCGAACGAAAAGGGAAAUGUCGAUCGUGUCAACACGCGUCAAUGGGCGCAACGUUGCGGUUACGAUGCCGAAAAGCUCUUCAACAAAUUCUUCCACGACGACAUCCAAUAUCUCCUCAGCAUGGCAAAUUUGUGGAAAAAUCGUCAAGCCCCCACACCCGCCAAAUGGGGCGAACUCGGCGAAGCGACUCCCGAUUUGACCGGAACGCAACGUGAUCAAGUUGUCUGGACUUUGCGUGACUGCGGCGACAUUUUCGCUGCAAGUAUCUCGGCUUUGAGCACGGAACUUUCCUCGAAACCGGAUGGCGAUCAUCUCGUGUGGGACAAAGAUGACAAACACGCGAUGGAUUUUGUGGCUGCAUGUGCGAAUAUUCGCGCGCAUAUCUUCAACAUCACGAAAAAAUCACGUUUUGACGUGAAAUCCAUCUCGGGCAACAUCAUUCCAGCGAUUGCCACGACAAAUGCCAUCACUGCGGGCAUCUCUGUCAUGCAUGCGUUCAAAGUGCUGCAAGAAAACUACAAAAAUUGCCAAUCGGUUUACAUGCGAUUGCGUCCCAAUCCACGAAAUCAACUUUUUGUACCGGAACGCGAACUCACAGCGCCCAAUCCAAAGUGCUAUGUGUGUGCCGCCAAGCCCGAAGUGAUGUUAAAAGUCGAUACAGAGAAGAUCACAGUUGGCGAAUUCCGCGAUACCAUCAUGAUACAAGCCCUAAACAUGAUAAAUCCCGAUGUCAUGAUGGAAGACGGCAAAGGUACGAUUGUCAUCUCGUCCGAAGAAGGCGAAACGGACUGCAACUUGGAGAAAAAACUCAAAGAAUUAAACAUCGUUGAUGGUUCCAUCCUGAAAGCGGACGACUUUUUGCAGAAUUACGAGUUGACGAUCACCAUUUUGCACAAGGAAGCAGGUCGUGAUGAAGCGUUGUUCGAAGUUAUUGCCGAUCCGGACACCUUGAAACCCGAAAACCAGGCGAAAGAAGAGGAAAGCAAGCAAGAAAAUGGCGCGGCGUCAAGUAACAAAAUGGAAACGGAAGACGACGAUGACGACUUGUGCAUUGUGGAAGAAGAGGAAGCAGCGGCAGCUCCAAGUACAAGUCAGAAAACGGCUCCGGAGAAACGCAAAACAGAAGAUGAUGCUGGACCUUCGACGAAACGCGUUAAAGUAUCGGCACCUGCUGAAGAUGAUGAUGAUGUCAUUCUUAUCGAUUAGGUUUAAAAUGAGAAAAAUGAAAAAAAAAAAAAAUAUUUAAAAGAAAGUAGAAAAUAAUGUUCACUUACAUUUCAAAAAUGAUCUUAUCCUAAAGUUAAAGAGAAAAAUUAAAUUUUUGAAUAAAGAUCUUAAUGUUUUUUUU